GAAGCCGCUUCGCCGAGUCCUCGGGACUCGGUGGUGUCAGUUUGAACGCGGCACUCGAACGGAUAGCAUCGUUUUAUGGUCGCGUGUACUGCGACCGAUACACGUGAUAUGUCGAGUAACCGAAGGACCCGGUGAAAUUAUUCUCCCAGGGGCGCUAUGUCUGUGAUGUGACAAUUGUUCGUUUUAUUUCAUCCCUGUUUCCCUCCGCAAGAUCGCCACCAUGGAAAUCGCUUCCGCCCUGAAGCAUCUGCUGGUCAUCAUCUGGUUCCUACCACUAAACGUUAGAUCAGCAAUUAUGCCUCCACCAUGGGCAGAUCCCUCGAGCAAUCCCUGUGCCGCCCAACCACGUGGCUGGCAAUUGUUAUUUUGGCCGGCGGAUGGAAAGUGUUACAAAAUAUUCCAGAUUGGGCCUCCAUGUCCAGAGACAAUGGAGCUAGGACCUGCUGCAGGUGGAGGUGGAACUGUGGCAGAGUGCAGGUGUCCACCUGGUACGGCACAGUCACCUAGAGACGCACUUUGUCAUUCGAUAUACUCAAGGGCGUCAUGUCCGAAAGGCCAGUUCUUUGCACCAGUGCCCGAGACCUCUGGGAAAUCUAGAUGGGGUGUCUGUCGCGAUCCAGAACCAUGUCCGGAAAAGAAUGAAGUAUAUUGGCCAAGGGACGACAAGUGUUAUCCAAAGCUUACCAGAGGACCAUGUCCAAAGGGUGAACUCCUCAUUAGAGAUGAGGAUGGCCUAACAGUGUGUUCCUGUUCGGGAACAGGUGAACUUGGCAGAUACCACUGGUUGAGCAGUGUAGAAGGCUGUUACGAACACUACACUAAAGGACCAUGCACAGAGCCUGGUGAGCUAUUUCUGCCAGGUGGAGUGUGCGGUUGCAACCAUGAAUUACCUCAUUAUCACAAGCCGACUGGAAUGUGCUAUCAAUUAGGCGGUAUUGGUCCAUGUUUGAAAGGCCAUCACUUUGUUAUCACAAAUUCAGUGAUCAGUGAAGACAUCGUUCGAGCCCAGUGUGUGUGCAAACCGAACCAUGUGCACUACACAGACGGAUUCUGUUACAGACUUUAUACUAGAGGACCUUGCGAACAUGGUCACAUGUUAGUGAACUCAACGACUUGUGCACUAGUGCCUUGCAAGCGAGGAAGACUCUAUUUCCCUCAAGAGAAGACGUGUUACAAAGUGGGAACGAAAGGACCAUGUUCACGUGGACAAAUUGUUUUAUACGAUCAUAGUGUGCGACCUUCUAUCGAUGGAAUCAGCUAUAACGGAGUUUGUGGCUGUACAAGCGCACUUAGGGGAACUGAUAAGUGUUCUGAAGACGUUAUCGAUAGUUGUGAGUCCACGCCAGGCAUGGUAGUGAUGAAUAGAACCUGUUACAAACUGUAUACACAAGGCCCUUGCACCGCAGGGGAAUGGUUAGUAGCGAGAAGAAUACCGAAACCAACGUUGUGGAAAAACCAGGAGCCUGAAUUGAAAGCUAGAUGCGAGUGCAGACCUGGAUAUAAAAGGGUCACGGACAGCUUUGAAGUGUCCGAGCUGGAAAGCAACAGUCUCUUGUCGCCGGGAAAUUGUCAACCACCAGCUGUCAGUUUGGCCAGGUUUCUUAACGAAAACAUGAAGUCAAUCAACUUCUAAGAACUGCUUUUAUAUGCUUACAAAUAUGUGUAAAUAGAGUUGUACAUAUACUGUACGAAAAUACUGUGCGCGUAAUACUUUUACACGCUCGUUUAAGUGUCAUAAGAAUUCCUAUUUAUUUUAGUGCAUUUUUCUAAUGCAGUGUUCGGUAUAUUGAGUCCUGCGAUAUUGAUUACUUCCUUCUCGAUUCAAAUUGAAUAUUACAUCUAGGUCUAUGUAAAUACAUGUAAUUUAUAACAAACGUUUCUAAAAUUACGACGAAUUUGUUUUUGAUAAAUGAAAGAAAUGAUACUCA